AUGGCCGCAACUGCUGCCAGGUCCCACCACUUGGAGUGGUUUAAGGACAUGCCCAUAAUUGAGAGAUUGAGAGAGAGAAGUUACGAUGAGACCGGCGCCGACCACAACUCCCAUCAUGAAAUUGGGGACAACUGCAGCCACAACCAUCAUGCAGCUCUCGACCACUGCUAUGGACAGCAAGAGGUCGAGCACUGCGUACGUGUAGUGGAAAAAACCCGGUUUACCUUCAUUUCCUCAAUAAAUGAUGGAAAACCACCGAUGGUCAUGAAUGUCAUGAAGCCGGAUAUGAAGCCACCGCAGGCUCCCCUGGCUAGAAUCGCGUGGGAAUUAGUGCCCACGUCGUGGAAGACUGCACUCACACAUAAGGAGACCAAGAUGAAGACUAUGAUUCUCAGCCAGUAG